CCCUUUCCCGUUUCAGCGUAAAAAUAAGCCAAAAUGACCAAUUCCAAGGGUGUGCGUCGCGGCACGCGCAACAUGUUUGCGCGUGGCUUCAAGAAGAAUGGUGUAGAGCAUCUCUCCACCUUCCUAAGGGUGUACAAAGUUGGCGACCUUGUUGACCUGAAGGGCAACGGUGCCUUCCAGAAGGGUCUUAUCCACAAGGCAUACCACGGAAAGACUGGGCGUGUGUUCAACGUCACCCAGCAUGCUGUUGGUGUCAUUGUCAACAAGAGAGUCAAGGGCAAGAUCCUGGCCAAGAAGCUGAACGUACGUAUUGAGCACCUCAAGCACUCCAACUGCCAGGUUGACUUUAAGAAGCGCAUCAAGGAGAACGAACAGCGCAGAAUUGAGGCCAAGAAGGCUGGAGUCAAGAUUCCUGAGGGAGAGCUCAAGCGUAAGCCUGCCCUCCCCCGCUCCGCACACAGGGUCAACAUCACGAAAAACAAGCCUGAAUUCCUCACGCCACUGCCUUAUGAGUUCAUUGCUUAAAUAAAUCCCAAGGUGUA